AUGGAAGACAAGACUGAUAUUGAUAUACUUCCGUCGGCAGAUGAAUCUACGACUACAUGCGAUUGCUUAAACAACUCGAAAACAAAUCCACUCAAUGACAAUGGUGGUGAAGAGAAUGAUAACAAUGGUAUGCGUGCUUGUUCCAAUCCGAAUUGUCCAUUCGGUUAUCUCAAACGAGAUGCUUUCACUUCAGAGGCGUUCAAGAUACAAGUGAAGAAUAUUCUUCGUCAUGCAGGUUUCGCUCAAAUGAAGAAGCUGUUACAGUCUUUAAAUGUCAAUUUUCGAAAGCUGAAAUUAAUCAGAGGAAGUCUGGCAUUUCUUUCAUUCGAAUCAGCAGCUGAUCGUGACUCUGCUAUCUCAGUUUUGGAUGGCUACAAUUGGAAAGGAUCAAAGUUGAUUGUUAAGAUUGCUCGUCCUCAUGCUGAUCCACUACUAAAAAGGCGAGCUGAAAAUGAGUUGAAUUUUGAAUCUGAUUUGAAGCGACGACAUGUAGAUAGCUUGACAGAACCAGUUGAUUUAGAGAAGGCUCGUGAAGAUCUUCGCGAUUCCAUCGUUCCAUUAUGGCGUUUAAAUUAUGAUCCUGAUCAGUUGGUUGAGAAAAGAAACGGCGUCUUAAAAUGUUUAGCUGAGACAAGGAGACAGUUACUGAUAACUAAUCGUGAGAUCUUAGAUAUGGAAAGUGUGAAAUAUUCAGAGGAGUUGGACUCAGAAGGUCGACCAACUAUAUGUAAACUGGCACCUAUAAUUCCAUCUCCUGUUCAAACACAAUAUCGAAAUAAAUCUGAACUAACUAUUGGCUACGAUGUGGAUGGUUCAGGACCUAUCAUUGGUUUUCGUUAUUCAAAAUACAAGGGUGGUUCAGUUGCAGUUGGAUCAUAUAAAAGUUGGAAUUUUCUACCUAAAAAGUCAUCCAAAAUUAUUGAUACUUUACAAGAAUUUAUAAAUACCUGCUCUAGAGGAGAAUUGAAAAAUUUAUCCAAACUUAUUGCUUUUGAUCCGAUUACACAAAAAGGACAUUGGCGUCAAGUGCUUAUUCGUGAAUCAAGAUCUGGAGACACAUUACUUGUUGUCUAUAUCAAUGGGGAUGGACUUACCGGGGAUGAUAUAGACUGUUUGUCAAUCGAGUUACAGAAAUGGUUUCAAGCGGGUCCUGGCUUAAAUUCUGGUUUAACUAGUCUACAUUUAUCUAUUCGUACACAGUCAGAUGACAAGUCGUAUAGUGAAAAUCUUAAAGAGAUUUUUGGUGAAACUUAUAUAGUUGAACAGUGCUGCGGAUUGAAUUUCCGUGUUUCUAUGUCAGCCUUUUUCCAAGUGAAUACACUGACAGCUGAAUUAUUGUUUGAAAGAAUAUCAUGUCUAUGCUUGUCACCUUUCAAAAAUGAGGACACUUCAAAUCAAGCACCAGCUGUCAAGCAAGAAUUAGAUAAUCAACGACCAACUCCUGAUAUUCCUCAGAAAAGAGAACGAAUAUUAAUUGAUGUUUGCUGUGGUACUGGAACAAUUGCAUUAUGUCUUGCAAAGCAUUUCGAUCGUGUAAUUGGUAUUGAAGCGUAUUCCAGUGCGGUUGACGAUGCUAAACUGAAUGCAGAAUCGAAUGGCAUCAGAAAUGCUGAAUUCUUUGCUGGUAAAGCUGAAGAUGUGCUACAGUUAACAUUGGAUAAAUUACCGACCAACUGUGACCUUUCUGUUGUAGUCGAUCCACCUAGAGUUGGUUUGCAUCAUUCUGUUAUUCAGACGUUGAGAAGGUGUCAACGAAUCGAAAGAAUUAUUUACGUAUCCUGUAAUAUUGAAUGUGCUAUUGCAAAUUUUAUAAGUUUCGCUAGACCAUGUUCCAAACGUUUUCAAGGAAUACCGUUCAUUCCAAUUAUGGCUGAAGCUGUUGAUCUUUUUCCACAAACUCGACAUGUUGAAGUGAUUUUACUGCUUGAACGUGUACAAUUUAAAUCUUGA